GGUUCUUUCUUUCUCUCUUUAUUUUCUCCUGUUCUUAUUUAAUGUAAUUCGGGGAUUAUUUUGCGGCUGGAUUUCUGCAAAUUAUCCAUGAAAUAACAUUAUUAUAUUUAGAGCACAAAUCCCAAUAGUAUGCAAAGUCACACGGCGACCAACAGCGCCGCUGGUCCACAAGCUUGUGCUGUUUGUAAAUACCAACGUAGAAAAUGCACCAAUAACUGUCUUUUGGCUCCAUUUUUCCCUGCUAAUCGCCAUAAAGAUUUCCUUAAUACCCGUAAACUUUUCGGGGUUCGAAAUAUCAUCAAGCUCAUUGAAAAUCUUAACUUUCAGCAACGUGUUAUUGCCAUUAGAACCAUCAUUUUUGAAGCUAAUAUGAGGGCUCAAAACCCCGUUGGCGGUUGUUAUGGGUUGAUCUGCGACUUGAAUAACAAAAUCGGUGAGUACAAGACUCAACUUAAUCUCGUUAAUCAACAGCUUGCUAUUUAUAAAUCACAGUCAGUUUUUACUCAAUACCAACAACAACAGCCGCAGAAGCAGUACAAUGAUGGUGGUGAUCAGAAUUUGGAUGCUGGUUUCAGUAUAUUUGAUGGUGGUGGUGGUGGGUCGUCGCCACCAUUGUUGUCUGCCUAUGAUGUGUUUGAAUCUAAUCUUGUUAAAGCUGAAUUGGAGGGUUCGAAUGUUUUAUCAGAUGUGGAUGAAGAUAUGAAGCCAUUGUUUGGUAAUAAUAAGAGAGACCAAUCGUUUUCAUUUGAUUCAGAAGGGCAUGUUGUUUUCUCGGAUGAUAAGAAGGAGCAGCAAACAUUUUGCUUUGACUCUGGUGGAUCCAAAAUUCAAAACAGUGGUCAACAUGUGUCAAAGGAAAGGGGUGGCUUAAUUCAACAUCAGCUGAAGAAUGAUCUCAAUGGUGGUGCUUCCCUGUUUACUCUCACUAGUGGCAAGGAAUAGAGAGAUAGAAUUGAUUUUUGGUAUCUUUUUUUUCUCUAGCUAUGAUGUAAAUAUGGUUUUUACAAAGCAGGUUGUGCACAAAACAGAAAGUAUUUCUGUUUACAUGUUUGACAACAAAGGAAAAAGCUAAAGAAGUAAAAAAGAAAAUUGUAGCCUUUUGAAGUGUUAAUUCCAUUUUGGGUUUAAUAUGUUAGAUUUUGCUCGAUGAUUUUAUUGUAAGGUGAGUGAGUUAGGGAAGAGUCGGAGUUUGUCUUUCAGGAUGCUUGAAGCUAGUAAAAUUGUAGCCGAGAAUAGGGAGGUAAACCUACAAGAGUUUAGGUAGACAAGGUGUGAUGUAAUAUACUUCUAAGGAAUCAUGUUCAAAGGAUGAGUUAUCUGAUAUGGAUGCUUUUAUUGCAAUAGGAGUUUUUAGUUUUAUUUAUUUAUGAUAUCAGGUUUUAUUAAGA